GGGUGGAAUAGAAUCUGUUGACCAUGUUGCUGACGCAAUAUGCCGUCACCCAAAGUAGCUGGUGACGCAAGAGCAUAACUGCCGUUGACGUCAGAGUCGUCUACCCUUUGUUUUUAUAUUUCCACCAUUGCCCUUUCCUCUCUUCUCCCUCUCCUUCUUCUCACUGUUUCCCCAUUCUCUCUCUCUUUCUCUCUCAUCGCCAUGUACCAAGCAAUUCCUUAUAGAGCAUGUGUCUCCACAGUCACACGUGACCUUCCAAUCACCGGAGGAAUCCACGAAACCAGCGUAAUCACAAUGGUUUCAGAGAACGCAGUUAUUAUCAUCGGUACACGUGGCUGUUGUCUCUGCCACGUCGUCAAAAGAUUGUUACAAGGUCUCGGAGUCAACCCUCCUGUCUACGAGGUUGAUCAAGACCGUGAAACCGCCGUCGUUGCCCAGCUGUCAACACACGCUUCCGCCACCGAAACGGUUCAGUUUCCGGCGGUGUUUGUUGGUGGGAAGCUGCUUGGAGGGCUGGAAAGAGUCAUGGCUAGUCAUAUUUCAGGUGAAUUGGUUCCGAUAUUAAAAGAUGCUGGUGCUCUGUGGCUUUGACAUGGUUUAUAAUUUUUCUUACUAAUUUUGCUGUUUUUGUUUAUUAUUAUUAUUAUUAUUAUUAUUAUUAUAAAUUUCUUUUUUACGCAUUUUUUGCUUGAGGAUUGGAAAGAGAUAGUACUAUCUUUGUUCUUUGUGUUAAACAUAAAAUUUGUAUAUCAUGUUUCAAUUAGUUUAUGGUGAGGACAAGUUCUUACAUGAUGGGAUCGAAACAGUAUUUUACAAAUCGAAAGGAUCAUUGAUCAUUGGAAGAUGUUGUGAUAUUAAAUGUUGUUUUAUUUUUCAACUCAUUUCUAUAUUAAUGAGUUAAAUUUUUCAA